AAAUAGGCGCAUGUGUGUGUUUGUAAGUCGGGGACAGGGCCGAGAGGCUCGCACAGGCGGCCCGCAGCUGGGACGAGCUUCUCCCGGCCCAGGCCCGAGCGAGCGGGGAGGCGGCCCCAGGGUAGCGGGGGAGCCCGUCUUGUGCCAGCCCCGCCGAGGUGCCACGAAGGGCGGAGGACGAGGACGACUGCGGCAGCGCUUCUGCCCCCGCCUCCCCCAUGAGCCAGUCCUGCCGUGACGCCGCGGCGAGCCGCACAGGCGCAGCAGCUCCUAGCGCUUGUUGUAUCCGGCCGGCCGGCCCCCUCCUCCCUCUCCCCUUCCUUCCUUCCUUCCUUCCUUCCUUCCUUCCUUCCUUCCUUCCUUCCUCCCUCCCUCCCUCCCUCCCUCCAGAGUCAUCGCGGUCGGUGCUGCCAUCGUCGCCGCUGCUGCUGUGCGCGCCCUCCCUGCCCCCUGUGCGCCCGGCCGGCAGCGCCUCCGAUCUCCCUGGUUGCCCCAUGAAGCGAUGGCAGCGGCCAACUUCGUCAAGAUCCAGAUAGGGAUCUACGUGGAGAUCGAGCGCAGCGAUGGCCGGAUUCACCAAGCUAUGCUAACAUCCCUAAAUGAAGAUAGUGAAAGCGUAACUGUUGAAUGGAUUGAAAAUGGAGUUGUUAAAGGCAAAGAGGUUGACUUGGAGGGCAUAUUUUCACUUAACCCAGAUCUUGCACCUGAUGAAGAUAUUGAACCUAGUCCAGAGACACCACCACCACCUAUUCCAGCAGCCAAAGUAAACAAAAUCGUGAAGAGUCGACAAACCGUGGCACCUAUUAAGAAUGACACUUCUGCCAGAGAUAACAGAGUGGUUGGUUCUGCACGCGCACGGCCUACUCAGCUUCCUGAACAGUCUUCCUCCUCACAACAGAAUGCAUGUAGAAAAUCUAAUUGUGUAAAAGAGGUUGAAAAAUUGCAAGAGAAACGUGAAAAAAGAAGGUUACAGCAGCAGGAACUUAGAGAAAAAAGAGCUCAGGAUGUUGAUGCUACAAACCCAAAUUAUGAAAUUAUGUGUAUGGUAAGAGAUUUCAGGGGAAGUUUGGAUUAUACACCACUGACAGCUGCAGAUCCUAUUGAUGAGCACAGGAUAUGUGUUUGUGUACGAAAACGACCACUCAAUAAAAAAGAAACUUUAAUGAAAGACCUUGAUGUAAUAACAAUUCCUAGUAAAGAUGUUGUGAUGGUACAUGAACCAAAACAAAAGGUGGAUUUAACAAGGUACCUAGAAAACCAAACUUUUCGUUUUGAUUAUGCCUUUGAUGACACGGCUUCUAAUGAAAUGGUUUACAGGUUUACGGCUCAACCGUUAGUGGAGACCAUAUUUGAAAGGGGAAUGGCCACUUGUUUUGCAUAUGGACAAACAGGUAGUGGAAAAACCCAUACUAUGGGUGGUGACUUUUUAGGAAGGAACCAAGAUUGUUCUAAAGGAAUAUAUACACUUGCAGCUCGAGAUGUCUUUUUAAUGCUAAAGAAGCCAAAUUAUAAUAAGUUAGAACUUCAAGUAUAUGCAACAUUUUUUGAGAUCUACAGUGGUAAGGUUUUUGACUUGUUGAACAGGAAGACAAAAUUAAGAGUGUUAGAAGAUGGUAAACAGCAAGUCCAGGUGGUGGGAUUACAGGAACGGGAAGUCAAAUGUGUUGAAGAUGUUCUUAAGCUUACUGAAAUAGGCAACAGCUGCAGGACAUCUGGCCAGACAUCUGCAAAUGCACACUCAUCUCGAAGCCAUGCAGUGUUUCAGAUUAUUCUCAGAAGGAAAGGGAAAUUGCAUGGUAAAUUUUCUCUGAUUGAUUUGGCUGGCAAUGAAAGAGGAGCAGAUACUUUCAGUGCUGAUAGGCAGACACGACUGGAAGGUGCGGAAAUUAACAAGAGCCUUUUAGCACUCAAGGAGUGCAUUAGAGCCUUAGGCCAAAAUAAACCUCAUACACCAUUCAGAGCAAGUAAACUUACUCAGGUGCUAAGAGAUUCAUUCAUAAGAGGAAACUCCCGUACCUGUAUGAUUGCUACAAUUUCUCCAGGGAUGGCAUCAUGUGAAAACACUCUAAAUACAUUGAGAUACGCAAAUAGAGUAAAGGAAUUUGGAAUUAGUCCUUCAGACAUUCCCUUCUCACAGGGUAGCGGCAGUCGCUCUGAUCUCUCUCCUUCCUAUGAGGUGAAGGGGCUGAAGAUUGGUUGUAGUACUGCAGAAGAUAUCCAUCCCACUGUACACCAUGCUCCCAAUCAGAUCGAUGACUUAGAGACACAGUGGGGUGUGGGGAGCUCUCCUCAGAGAGAUGAUCUCAAACUGCUUUGUGAACAAAAUGAAGAGGAAGUUUCUCCACAGUUGUUUACUUUCCAUGAAGCUGUGUCACAAAUGGUAGAAAUGGAAGAGCAAGUAGUAGAAGACCACAGGGCUGUCUUCCAGAAAACUAUUAGAUGGCUGGAAGAUGAAAAAGCUCUUCUUGAGAUGACAGAAGAAGUAGACUAUGAUGUGGAUUCUUAUGCUACCCAACUUGAAGCAAUUCUAGAGCAAAAAAUUGAUAUUCUGACCGAACUUAGAGAUGAAGUGAAAUCUUUCCGGACAGCUCUUCAAGAGGAGGAACAGGCCAGUAAACAGAUCAACACGAAAAGACCAUGUACCCUUUGAAAUGGGCCUCUGCUGCUGAAGGAAUCUAUGAACCCAUACUGCUGUAGCACACAUUUGUUACAAAACCCAGUGGCUGUAAGAACUCAACUACUUGCAAGUGUAAAAACAUUAGAAAUGUCUGUUGAAAUGUCCUGUUUGUUAUUCACCUGAAUGACAUUUUCAGUUUUGUGUGAAAUGCUCCCAUGAUGUCUACAAAAUGCUUCUAGACCAGACAGUACAACCAUGCAGGGUUCAGAUUUGUGAAGCACUUUUUGUUUAAAAUAUUUCAUUUAUUCAAAUUGUGAAUUCGAUGUUUGGAAAUAUUUGCCAUGUUUA